AUGGUGCGACUCGCGACAUUCCAGCUUCCGAAUUGGAUCGAAGGCAACAAAGACAAUGCUCAGUAUGUCCUCGGUGGGAGUGCCGCUCCAAGCAUAUCCCUAGACGACUUGGUCUCUCUGUCCAGCAACCCUGAGGCCACCGAGCGCGCGCUGCAAUUCCGGUCCAUGAAGAUGAAUAAUGGUUCACCGCAGGGCACGCCAGAGCUGCGCGGGCGGAUCGCGAGUCUAUACAACGAGACCAUCCGGCCCGAGCACGUCAUCACCGCGACGGGCACCACAGGUGCGAACCUGACCGUCUUGCAGAGCCUGCUGCAGGCCGGCGACCACGCCAUCUGCCAGUAUCCCACGUACCCGCAACUGCUCGGCCUGCCCGAGAGCUUUCCGUGCGACCUCUCCUACUGGCGAUUAGAUCCGGACAAUGGGUGGCAGCCCAGCAUCGCCGAGCUGCGCAAGUUGAUCAAUCCAUCGACUAAGAUGAUCAUCCUAAACAAUCCGAGCAAUCCCACGGGGGUACACCUGGACGGGAAGCUCCAAAGGGAAAUCCUUGAGGUUGCACGCGAACACAACAUCAUCGUGUUCGCGGACGAGAUCUUUCGGCCGCUGUUCCACAGCCCAGCGGCCACGACCACGCCGUCCCUGGUUGAAAAUACAUAUAGCAGGGUCGUGGUGACCAGCUCGAUGAGCAAAGUGUGGGGAAUGUCCGGCGUGCGGAUCGGCUGGAUGGUGUCGCGCGACCGCGACAUCCUCGCCCUGCUGCUCAACACGCGCCAGUACACUGUCAUGUCGACCGGCCUGAUCGACGAGGUCGUCGCCACGGAGGCGUUGGGCCCUCGGUGUCGCCCGCAGAUUUUGAAGAGACACCUCGAAUACGCACAGCGAAACUUGGCCGUACUGGACGCGUUCGUUAGGAAGAACAGCGACAUGGUCUCCUGGGUGCGGCCGACGGCGGGAGCGAUUGCUUUCGUCAGAUUCUCCUCUCCGGAUGGGCAAGUGGUGGAUGACGUGGAAUUCUGCGAGCAGCUCCUCAAGGAGGAGGGCGUGCUCAUCAGCCCCGGCAGUUUGUGCUUCAGCACGGAAAAGCAGAGUGAUUUCUGCGGUUAUGUGCGCAUGCACUUCACGCUCACGCCGGAGUAUUUGGACAAGGCCCUCGAGAUAGUCGAUGCGUUCCUGGCCAAAAGGCGGAAGGCAUUUGCCCCGGCGCCUCGCUUAUAG